UCCUGGUCUAUUACCGCUUAUACAAAAGUUCCUUGUACCUUCGGAUGCUCUGGAUUCCACCGCUUGUGCAAAGCCAAAACGCCCCGGUAAAAUCUCCUGCUCUCUGAUUCUUAGGCCUAAGCCUCUCUCGCUCGAACGCAAUCAUGCCAGAAAUGGAAGGAGAGGAAAAAGAUGUACUUGAACUGGUUCAACUCCAGUACGAUGACCUCAUUCUCUUGUCCCAAUCCUCAUUUUCUCCCUCCCAUUCACCGUCUUCCAGCCCUAAACUUUCGUAUCCUGCAAGAGAAGAAUCAGAGAGACUUGACGCCGUUUUUAAAACUGUGAUGGAAACCCUAGGUCCUGAAGGCCCUGGUUUGAUAGCUAUAACUGGAGUUCCGAAUGCUGGAGCUAUGCGGCGGAGACUUCUUCCUCUUGCCCGGAAGCUUGCGCUCCUCAACAACAAGGAUCGUCAUUGCAUUCUCAAGGAGCAUGGCUUGGGUAGUGAUUUUUCACUGAAGGACCUGGACAGAAGUGUCUCAUCGUUUGUAUUUCCAUUAAGAUAUCAACAGGAUUUUGUCCCUAAACUGAUGCACAUAGGGUCAAAACCAGGAGAUUCAGAAGAUCCAGAUAUUUACAGUUUAGAACAGCAGCCCCAUGAAACAGGGAAUGAAUUUAAGGAUCUGGGAAAUGCUUUUAAAGAGCUGGGUUUCUGCAUGGUAGUAAUAGGACUUUUAUUUGCACGAAUAUGUGAUAAAGGCAUUGGUGGUGGUGAACUAGAGGAAAGCAUCCUUCACUCAGGCACUGCAAAAGGACGUCUUAUCCAUUACCAUUCAAUUUUAGAUAACUUUGUUCUAAAGGAGGCUGCAAGAUCAAGAGGAGAUAAAAAACAGAGAAACAGAAGUGGACAGAUUCUUGUUGAAGAUUCGAAUGUGAGUUCACUUCAAUACAGCGUUAUAUCAAGCCAAAUUUUGCCAUCUAAUUUAUGGCAACAAUGGCACUAUGACUAUGGGCUAUUCACAGUUUUGACUACCCCAAUGUUUCUUUCCCAAUGCCAGAACCCGGAAAACAAUGAUGACAGUUAUGAGAAACUUGAUUCUCAAUCAGAGUGCUCUGCUCCUAACGGACACACAUAUUUGCAGAUACAUGACACUGUUAUGCAUAGGACGCUUAUGGUCAGAGCACCUCCUAACAGUUUCAUUAUUCAGGUUGGAGAAUCAGCUGAAAUUUUAUCUAGAGGAAAGCUUACUUCAACAAUCCAUGCAGUUUCCAGAGUACGUGAAAGAGUGGACAUAAGCAGAGAAAAUUUUGUGGUCUUUCUUCAACCUUCUUGGCACAAGACUUUCUCAGAACUUCCUGAGAGGGAUGGGGCGAGUUGGGAUAAAUCAAUAGGGAGAAGAAGUUGCACUUGUGACAUACAAAGAAAGGUUCCACCUCUAUUAACUCGCUUGAAAGAUGGUAUGACAUUUGCUGAAUUUUCAAAAGAAACAACCAAACAGUACUAUGGUAGCAAUGGCUGGCAGUCUGGGAAAUAGAUUUUUUUUGUUGCCAUCUGGAAUUUCAAAUUUGGGAUCCUUCACUCCUUUGACACUGGUCUGUGCAUCCUUUUC